CAUAACAGCAGCGAUUUAUUACUAAUCGAUUGUCGCGACGUUGUAGAUCACCGCUCUUAUCACUUGGCUGGUAUUUAUGAACUUUUUCGCUGGUCAUUCUUGUUUCACUAUAGAAAAUACUCCCACGAAUUUUAAGAAUAUAUUUACAAAUUUUUAGCAACAUAUAACUUACGUAUGUACAUCACAAAUUAUAAAUAAUAUAUAUUUAUUACCGAUAUUUGUUUAAAAUGAUUUGUGAACGACGAUGACUCGACCUUAUCAAUAGAGAAUUUCUUUCUGAUAUACAGCCAAAUUAAAGUGAUUGUAGUGCAGUGAAGAGACUUGGAAGCAAAUUAUUAAAUAUUUAAAAUAAACUGUUAGAAAUAAUAAUACAUUUAAUAUAGAGAAUAAUACAUUUAAGAAGAAGAGAAAUUAUUGUCGAUCUCAUACAAUAUUGAUCUCUUUUAAUUAUAGUUUUCAGUUAUUCAAUGUAAUUUAGACAUUUUGCAUCGGAAGGCCUAAUAUAUAGGGAUAUAUCUUUCAAUAUUGUUGUAAUUUUACAUCGUCUGUUGAUAUAACCGAUAGAACAGAACUAAAUAACACAUUAAAAAAAGAAGCAAACGUAAAUUUGUGAAAAUGUCAAGCACCUCUAGAAAAAAGAUACUAGUUGGUUGUACCGGUAGCGUUGCAACAAUUAAAUUGCCACAAUUAGUAGAGAAGUUAUGGCAGAAUAAUUUGGAUGUAAGGGUAGUAGUCACUGAAAAGGCUAAACAUUUCUUGAAAGAAGCAGAACUGCCUCCAGGAACUCAAAUAUUAUCUGACACUGUAGAAUGGGCAGCUUGGCAAGGUAGAGGCGAUCCUAUAUUACAUAUUGAUCUGGCGAAGUGGGCUGAUUUAUUUUUAAUCGCUCCACUAGAUGCCAAUACCCUUGGUAAAAUAGCCAGUGGCAUAUGCGAUAAUAUCUUAACUUGCGUCGCACGUGCCUGGGAUCCAGUGAAACCUUUGAUUUUUUGUCCUGCCAUGAAUACAAAAAUGUGGGAACAUCCUGUUACUGCGCCACAGAUAGCUCUGUUAAAGUCUUGGGGAUAUAAGGAGGUUACAUGCAUUUCUAAAACUCUUAUGUGUGGCGAUGUAGGAAUAGGUGCAAUGGCAGAAGUAGACAGUAUCGUUCAAACUACGAUGAGGUUGCUUAAUCCUUGGGACCCAUAUUCGCCGCCGGAUUUGCGCCUUUAGCAUCAGGAAGUUAAAGUGAAACAUUCAACGAAGCUUUAUCGUCAUACGUAUAACAUGUGAAAAAUCUUGCGAAGAAAAGAUAUUUAAAAGCGAAAGAAUAACGCGCACUAUGGUGGAAUUUAAAUAAUUUAUGCUCAUAAUGAAAUUCGAGUUCAGUCGCAAGUAUUGACUUGUAAGAUUACGCUUUCCCGAGGACACUAUGUCGCGAUAUUUUGCUGCUCAAACGAAACGUCUAAAACAAUUGCUUUAAGAAAAGUAAAUAAAGCAGAGUCCGUUUGUUCACUCGCCAAAAUAAAAUGUAAAAAAAUGUAAAAAAGUUCUGUUAACAUAUCGUUCAACGUUGAUACAGUAAAUAAAUAUGUACAUGUUUUUGUUAAAUAUAUGAGUUAAAUGAGAUAACAUAA